AAAAUUCACCCACGCACCGCAUAUUUAUACCCAAACAAACAGAUAGAGAGCCUUCACACCAAGUCAGUAUCUUCAUCUAGCAGAGUCUCUCUCCACACCCACACUCACUGCAGAAGCAUUCCGGCGACUUCUCCUGUCACGUUCUGGCAACCGUUCCGCCGAAACCAUGGGGAGAGAAUGAGGAGCCGGCGGCGAUCAUCAUGUCGGUUUCCUGCACUGACUACUUCCCCGAUUCCGACCUUCUCUGCGACGAGGACACCUCCGGAAUCUUGUCCGGAGAGUCGACGGAGUGCUCCUUCGACCUCGAUUCCUCUCCGUCGUCCGCGGAGGAGUCGAUUGCCGGAUUCAUCGAACACGAGCGCAGCUUCGUUCCAGGAUGCGACUACUUCUCUAGGUUUCAAUCUCAAUCGCUUGAUGCCUCCGCGAGAGAGGAAUCUGUUGCAUGGAUUCUCAAGGUACAGGCAUACUUUGGGUUUCAGCCGCUGACGGCGUAUCUUUCCGUCAACUAUAUGGAUCGGUUUUUGGAUUCUGGGCGGUUGCCGCAAGCAAGUGGGUGGCCACUGCAACUUCUGUCCGUUGCCUGUUUGUCUUUAGCUGCAAAGAUGGAGGAGCCUUUAGUUCCGCCCCUCGUGGAUCUUCAGGUAGAAGGUGCCAAAUACAUCUUUGAACCGAAAACAAUUCGUAGGAUGGAACUGCUUGUUCUAGGUGCUUUGGAUUGGAGACUAAGAUCAGUCACGCCGUUCAACUUCCUCAGUUUCUUUGCAUGCAAGCUCGAUUCAAGUGGAACUCUUACUGGCUUCCUUAUUUCACGAGCUACAGAAAUCAUCUUAUCAAAUAUCCCAGAGGCUAGUUUUCUUGCCUACUGGCCAUCGUGCAUUGCUGCCGCCUCCAUACUCUGUGCAGCGAAUGAAAUUCCUAAUUGGUCUCUCGUCAAGCCUGACCAUGCUGAGUCAUGGUGCGAGGGGCUUAGAAAAGAGAAGAUUAUAGGUUGCUACCAGAUCAUGCGAGAAUUCGUGACUAACAAUAGCCAGACAAGGCCCCCCAAAGUGUUCCCACAGCUUCGAGUAACAACUAGGCUUGCAACAAAGUCAAGUAUGUCAUCAUACUCAUCGCCUUCCUCCUCCUCCUCCUCCUCAUCACCUUACAAAAGGAGGAAAUUAAAUAACUGCUUGUGGGUAGAUGAUGAUGACAAAAGGCACUCCGAGUGAAAUGAGGGAGAGGAAAUAAAGAAAGAAAACUAGAAUAAAUGAAAAAGGAGGAGAAAAGGGAAUAAGGUGGUCCAAUGUCAAGCUGUCUAGAAACCUCAGCAUUUUUAAGAGGAUAAUAUUUGAUAUCAACAGGGUGUAGAUUAUACAGCAUGGAGUAUAUAAUGUAUGCGAGUUUGGUGAGUUUAUCAUUUAUUUAUUUUUGUUUUGGCCUGGGGAGGGUAUUGCCAUUCAUUAAUGGCUUCGCAGAUUCCCAAGGAAGCGGGAUAUGUAUCAAUUUAUAAUAUUUCUGCUUGGAAAGUGAGAGGGAGAGAGAGGAAAGAGAUCAUCAGAAAGGUGCAUUUAAUGGUUUGGGUCAUGUAAAUGUGGAAGAAGUGGGGAAUUGGAAUUCAAAGGAGGCAUGAUUACUGGUGAAAGGGAACGGGAAGAUGGUGGGACACUGAUCUAGAGCGUGUGGAAGGAAAAAGCCGGAUAUGUGGCAGAAAUCAAAUGGUUUGGCAGAUUUAAUUAGGCGAUUAAGCGCUUUGAAGUGUGGGCUAAACUAUACUGUAUUCAUAUCAAGGGAGUUCAAGUCAAGCUUCUCAUCUUAUCGUGGCCAGCAAUUCCGCGUUCCUUUGUUGGAAUACCCUCCGAGAAACACAUGGAAGAAAAAAAAAAUUGCUAAUAAGCUGAAGUUUGCUUCAUUUUGUGGACUUUCUUUAUGGUUCGUGUGCAGACUCUUCACAUGUGCGGCACGUACGUGUCUUUUUCUCGGUCUUUUCUUUUUUUGGCGGGAACUUUUGUUUUUCUUCCCUUGUGGCCUCGAGCUUUGGCCUAACAAGAGUUUUUAUACGGGACUCCAACGCCUGGUGUCCUCACGUGGUAUGGAAUCACGUGUCUAUAGGGUUUUCAUUUCAAUUCUAAUCUUUGCAUUGUCUUGAUUUGUUUGUUUUCAAAGAGGGGAGAGCCCUCUUUUUUUUAUAUUUUAUUUUAUUGCAACUCCGCUUAAAGAAAUGUAGAAAAGGUCUCGGGGACCUUUCAUUUUUCAUUUCAUGCGUGCUGUCUGUGUAUUAUAUGCUGAUGAGUUCAUAAUUAAUAAUUUACAGAUUUAUUAAAUUCGAA